AUGUCUAAUUUCCUGAACCACGACUACGGAUCGGAAGAGGAGGAUGAUGACUUCAAUCCCGCGCCCGUGGAUGACUCCGAUGCCGAGGACUCGAAGGUCAGUGACAGGCGCCCAAGCCCUGAAGCCGCCAGUGACGAUAUGAAGUACAACCGAGGUUCUGCCCAGGAUGACGAUGACGCGAAGAAUGACGAUGAAGAGGAAGAGGAAGAGGAGGAGGAAGACAACGAAAACGAAGACGACGAAGAUGAGGAUGAGGAGGAAGAGGAUGACGAGCAGGCUGUCGAACGUCCGCGCAAGCGCCGAAGAGGCGGUGUCCACUCCUUCUUCGAGGAGGAAGCAGGCGUCGACGAAGAAGAGGACGAGGCCGAGGAUGAGGAGGAUGAGCUCGCCGAAUUUGGUACCGAAAUGCACCCCGAUGACCUUGAUGCCCUGCCCGCUGGCGCCGAGACCGAUGAUCGGCGCCAUCGACAGCUCGACCGACAGCGCGAGCUUGAUGCGACAAUGGAUGCAGAGAAGCAGGCGCAGAUGCUCAAGGAGCGCUAUGGUAGGAAUCGAGCUGCCGCUGCGGACGCUCUUGUGGUCCCUAAACGUCUUCUGCUUCCUAGUGUGAAUGAUCCUAGUAUCUGGGGUUGUCGCUGCAAGCCCGGAAAGGAGAGAGAAGUCGUUUAUUCCAUCCAGAAGCGCAUGGAAGAGCGACCUGCUAAUUCGCGUAACCCGAUCCGACUAAUUUCUGCCUUUGAGCGUGGCAACAUCAUGCAAGGUUGGUUCUACUGCGAAGCCCGCCGACAAUCCGACGUCACGGAUGCCCUAGAAGGUAUCGCUUUCUAUUAUCCUUCCCAAAAAAUGACUUUGGUCCCGGUCAAGGAAAUGCCAGAUCUCCUACGGGUUUCCAAGUCCGAAGAGCUUAUGCCUGGAGGCUGGGUUCGCAUAAAGCGUGGGCCUUAUCAAGGUGACCUUGCCCAAAUUGAAGAGGUUGAGACAAAUGGUUUAAUGGUGACUGUUCGACUGGUUCCUCGCCUUGACUAUGGCAUGAAUGACGACAGUGCCGCCGUACCUGCCGCGGAUAGCAAGCGCAAGCGUACCGCUGCCAGCAAGAACAAACCUCCUCAACGACUUUUCAGUGAAGCCGAAGCGAAAAAGAAGCAUUCCAAGUUUCUUUCCGCUGCAUCUGGGCUGGGUGGGAAGUCGUGGAACUACCUCAACGAGACCUACGUCGACGGAUUCCUCAUUAAGGAUAUGCGUGUCCAGCAUCUUAUCACGAAGGAUGUAGAUCCCCGCUUAGAGGAAGUGACCAUGUUCGCUCGUGGUGGCGAGGACGGGGUUGCCAAUCUGGACCUGGCGUCUCUUGCUGAAACUUUGAAAAACUCCACUGCCGAGGACUCCUACCAACCAGGUGAUCCAGUGGAAGUGUACCGUGGUGAACAACAAGGGUUGGUCGGUCGAACUGUCUCCACCCGGCGUGAUAUUGUCUCGCUACAGGUGACCGAGGGAGAACUGGCAGGACAGACCAUCGACGCCCCGGUCCGCACUCUUCGCAAGCGUUUCCGCGAGGGUGACCACGUCAAAGUUAUUCACGGCAGUCGAUUCCUCAACGAACUGGGCAUGGUUGUUCAAGUCAAGGACGACACAGUCACUAUCCUCAGCGACAUGAGCAUGCAAGAAAUCACCGUGUUCAGCAAGGAUCUGCGACUUUCUGCCGAAACGGCCCAAGAUGGGCAAGUCGGUAUUCACGAUGUCCAUGAUCUUGUUCAGCUAGAUGCCGCAACUGUUGCCUGUGUGAUUAAAGUGGAUCGCGAGAGCCUCCGUGUCUUGGACCAGAACGGAUCUGUUCGUGAUGUUCUGCCCUCCCAGAUCGCUAACCAGAUCCCUUCCCGCCGGGAUGCUGUUGCUACCGACCGCAACGGGGCGGAAAUUCGAAACGGAGAUACUGUGCGAGAGGUACUCGGAGAGCAGCGAAAUGGAAAGAUCCUUCACAUUUAUCGCUCCUUUUUAUUCCUGCACAACAAAGCUCAAACCGAAAACGCAGGUAUUUCCGUUGUGAGAACAACCAAUGUGGUGACAGUGUCCGCGCGCGGAGGCCGUGUCGGUGGACCUGAUUUGACCAAAAUGAACCCUGCCUUGGUCAGACAGUAUCCCAUGGGUGGCCCUGGCUCUAUGCAGCCUCCUCAGCGUGGUGGCCGGGACCGGCUUCCUGGCCAAACUGUUUCGGUUCGUUCGGGCCGCUACAAGGGACUCGUUGGCAUUGUCCGAUCUGCCGACAGCGACUCCGCCCAAGUUGAGCUCUACUCAAUCAACAAGCCCGUCCAUUUGCCCCGCGACAUCCUUGUCCCUAAAGAGUACAGUGACCUUGCCCCUCUCUUUUCCGUUCUCUUCAUACUAAUGCAUUCUCUAGUCCGGUUUCAAAACGGACAUUGGACAUUGGAGGCAGACCCGCUUCUCGCGUUCCGUCUUAUACUGGCCCUGGGUCCCAGGGCAGCAGUGCCUGGCAAGGUAGCCGUACUCCCAUGGCCAUGGCAGAUUCAUCCAGAACUCCUGCGUGGAGCGGUGCACCCUCACGAAAGGCUUCUUGUCGCUAACCUAGAUGCCCCUUCUGCAGCUCCUGCUUGGCAAGGUAUGAUCGGUGCGCGCACGCCUGCGUGGAAGAAUGAAUCAGGCCGAACACCGAACCCUGCAUAUGCCGAGGGCAACCGCACGGCUUAUGGUAAUCUAGGCGGCCGCACACCGGCCUGGCACUCUGGAAAUCGAACUCCACGUGAUCCCAGUGCCGGUCACGAUGCCUUUGCGUCUGGAUCUCGCACGCCGGCAUGGAACGCGCCGGGCAGCAGGACCCCUGCUUGGAGUGGCGGCAUGACACACCACCGUGAUCAACGAGACUUUGAUGAUGCCCCUACUCCCGGCGGCAAUUAUUCCGCCCCUACACCCGAUGGCUUUGGUGCUCCCACCCCCGGUGCCUCCGCUCCGACGCCUUCGGGAUGGGCUGACAGCGCACCCACCCCCGGCGGUGCCUACAGCGCUCCAACCCCUGGCGCGAUACCUAAGCGUGGUGGCUAUGAUGCUCCUACACCUGCGGCAUAUGACGCUCCAACUCCGGCAAUGGGUGUCCCCGCCACACCCGGCGCGGGCUACGGUGAUGAUGAUGGCGGUCCCCGUUAUGAUGACGGCACCCCUAGUCCUUAA